CACAUAAUAUAUAAGACGAAUCAUAUAUUCAUCACCUAAAAAGUUUUUUUUUCUAGUCAAUAGCCUUUUUCAUAUAAGUAAAACAAACAAAAACAGAAUUAAAAAGGCUACCAAUCUAUUCACAUUUAAGAUUUGUUUGAUUUAUUUUGCAAGAAUUACGUAGUGAAAAAGAAUAUAUAGAAAAAGAGAUAUUAGUUACAUAUAUAAGUUGAAGUUGAAGCAGAGAGAACGCAAUUUUAAGUGCUGGGAAAGCGAGUAUGAAUGUCGAGUUUUUCAAUGAGGAAGCACGUUUGCGGUCAUUUGUGUCAUGGCCAGCAAAUACACCAGUAAAUCCUCGACAAUUGGCCGAAUGUGGUUUUUAUGCUAGUGGACCAUUUUUAGAGGCUGAGUGUAAUUGGUGUCACUGCAGAAUAAGUAAUUGGGAAUACGGCGACGUAGUAGAAAGGCGACAUCGUAUUGUUAGUCCUCAGUGUGAAUUUAUAACGAAUCGAUCAUGUUGCGGUAAUGUAUCCAUGCAGUUACCAACAGAUGGAGAUAGUUCACAGCCCUUAUCAUCAUCAGGCGUAGUUAAUCAAUCUUCAGAUCAACGAAAUUUUCCAGAUCUUAUGAUUGAAUCAAAUCGUUUGGCUACAUUCAAAAAUUGGCCAAAUCCAAACAUAUCGCCCGUAUCAUUAGCCAAAGCUGGUUUCUUCUAUCUCAACCGAUCAGAUGAAGUGAAAUGUGUAUGGUGUAAAGGUGUUAUAGCGCAAUGGGAAAAGCAAGAUAACGCCUUUGAAGAACAUCGUCGUUUUUUCCCAGAUUGCCCUCGUGUUCAGCUGGGACCACUUAUUGAAAUGGCGAGCGACGGUAUACGAGAUUUAGGAAUUCAACAAAUAUCUCCGCCUAAAAAUUCGAAAUAUUCUUCACUGGAUGCUAGACUGCGUACAUACAAUAAUUGGCCAAUACCAGAUAUUCAGAAGCCCGUCGCUUUAGCUGAAGCCGGUUUAUACUAUCAAGAAGUCGAUGAUCAAGUGCGUUGUUUCCAUUGCAAUAUGGGUUUACGGUCAUGGGAAAAAGAAGAUGAUCCCUGGUUCGAACAUGCCAAGUGGUAUCCACAAUGUCCAUUUGUGCGUUUAGUAAAAGGAAACACUUAUAUACAGCAAGUUCAAGAUUUAAUGAAACAAUCAAUUGAGCGGGAAAAUCAAAUGUCAUCGGUCCCGAUGACGAUAGAAGAAGCAAUGGCAACAGGGCCAGUAAGGCAAGCUUUAGAAAUGGGCAUAGACGCUGGUGCUAUACGAAGUAGGACACAGCGACAGUUGUCUGUAACGGGUUAUCCAUACGCUACGGUUGAAGAUUUAAUAAAAGCGGUAUUUGACGAUCGGGAUAGCGAAGAUCCAAUUGAAUAUGCAAUUCCAGCGCUUGGGAGCGAUUGUACUGGUAUUCUAAGCAACAACAGCAGAACUAUGAUAAAUGGGAUAAAUGGUGAUAUAGCAGCUAGUGUAUCAGUUGUUAGAGGCAAUGAUAGACUUCAAAGGGAUUCAACUUAUCGUUUGGAAACUCCAUCGAGGGAUGUGGUGAUUUCUGGUGACGAAAAACCUAGUUUAAAAGCUUGCGAUAAAUUCCAAGACAAAUCUUUAGCUGACAAUAAAGAUGCUUUGACCGCUGGCAGAUCAUCUCCAAGUCGUUUAACUCUCGAAGAAGAAAAUCGCAAGUUGAAAGAUGCUCGCCUCUGUAAGGUAUGUUUGGAUGAAGAAGUUGGUGUUGUAUACUUACCAUGCGGACAUUUAGUGACCUGUGUCCAAUGCGCUCCCGGCGUUGAGCAAUGCCCGGUUUGCCGCACAACAAUUAAGGGAUUUGUACGUACGUUCUUUUCGUAAGAAUACAAUUAAUCUCGAAUUAAAUGAGUUGGAAAUGGCCUUCUUGGAGCUUAAAGGGCGAAAAAAUAAU